CGGAUUCGCUGGAGCGAAACAGGAGCGAAGAUGGGAGCGAAGAUGGGAGCGAUGCCGCUGCCAACACACACACAACCAUGACGAUGCGUUGUUGCGGAGCGGGGUGUGGGCGAGGAAGGCAUUCAAAGCAACAAGCAUCCACAUCAAUAACGACAACAACUACGGCGCACAGCCUCCUGCCUAUCAGCACGGCAAUCACACACACACACACACUACAACACCUUUGUUGUUGUUGCCGCUCGUGCACUUUUUGGCACACACACUGUUUUGAGCUCGUGUGUGGUCGGUUGACGCACACAUUCACGCCCACAAUCACAGCUGAUAAAAGCGGGAGGGUUUAAGCCAGCAAGCACCAACCACAGCAAAGCAAAGAAGCACCAGGACCGCUGAGAUGAACAGCAGCGGUGGCGGCGCAAAUCAGCCGCUCGCGGCACGCAAGGAUUCGUUCCUCACAGCGCCUGACGAUGGCUGGCUUCACAGCAAGUUUGCCAUGCAGUAUGGCGAAGGCGUCUUCUUCAGCUUUCCCGUGACAUAUGUCGGACGACACCCACUCGCGCGGAGUUUGCGCUCUGUGGAGUUCCCUGUUCGAAACAAGAUUGUGCGCGAGGCCAUUUGUCGCGUGCGCGAAGAAGCGCGAACACGCCCUCCCAUUGAACGCCAAGUGCCUGCGAUGUUUUCGGAGUUCUUGGAUGCAGAGGAGCCCGAGAUCAAGAUGCAGGACAUUGUUGUGAACAUCUCCUCGGCGGGGAUUGUGCUGGCCACGGAGCACGAGGACGCCGUCAUCGCCUUCCACCGCAUGACCACCAUCUCAUUCGCUGCAGGCGGCGACUUUGAGGAUUAUGACAUGGUGGCGUACGUCGCCAAAUCGCGCCUCGGGCGUAUGUGCUACGUCUUCGACUGCGGCGCCCACUCAAACCAAGUCCUCGCCACCAUCGGCCAGGCGUUUGUGCAGGCGGGCGAGGAAGCGGAGGCACAGGAGUACGAAGAGUUUGACGAUGAGUACGGGGUGUAUGCCGAGCAGGUUCUCACCGAGCAGGAAUACCAGGACCUCUACGGUGUUGUGGGCUCCCAUCCAACCACACCAACCUACGCAGACCCAACAUAUGCCGAUCCCGCAGUCGAUUACGACACGGGUACAUACGCCGACACCAACGCCAUCUACGACAACCGGCUGCAGACGGGCGGGGCGGAUGGACACGUGUACAACAUGCCGGAUAUGGAUGAGGCCAAUCCAGACUAUCACGAGUUCACGGUGGCGGACGUUGACGAGGCAAACCCAGACUACCACGAGGUCUCCGUGGACGCGGAGGGUGCGGUGCAGUACGAUGUUGCCCAGCAUGCUGGUGACGCUGCCCACCAAUACGCCAUGGGCCACGCGGACGGCGACGAGACAUACGCCAGCGUGCCGCCACGGCCAUCGCUCAAGGAGCGGCUGCGUGUGCGCGCGUCGCAGUCCAACCACAACGGCCCGCCGGAUACGCUGUCCACCAGCCCAACUUACGCAACUGCAACAGACUUUGCGUCAAGCGCCGUCGGCAGCCCCACCUACGACAUGGGGAUGCACGACGGACACACGCGCUCCCCGACAGGCGCGCUGCUCGGCAACGCAACCUACGGCAUGCACGCAGACACGGGCAACUACGCACAGGCCCACACAUUCGCUGCUGGCGAUGAAGACAUGGAGGAGGACCCAACGUACACCCUUGGCCAGGCCGACGGGGAUGCAGCCAGCCGCGGGCGCACACCGGUGUCUGCUGACUUGACAUACGACAUGGCCACAAAGCGGCGAAGCACACAGGACCCAGACGCAACCUACGCCAUGGCGUCAGCAUUCAACCGUGACUCCCGGAUCUCGUCACCCUCGGUCAAGUCUGCCACGUACGAUGUAGGCGAUGGCGACGACCACGUGUACAACAACAGGACGAGCGUGCUGUCCUCCCUGCCGGAAGACGACGCCGAUUUUCCGGACGCGGACGCGGCGUUUACAUCCCAGCAGCCGUCGCAGCGAAGCGGCAGCAAGGCCGGCAGAGCAGCAGGCGACGGCGAUGGCGGUGAUGGUGGAGAAGCGGACCCUUGGGAGGCCAUCCAGAACGAGACGAUUGCACGCAAGGGCGGGAAGGCGUACGACCCCAAGGUUGCCGGCUCAUACACAGAUGCAGAGUACCUCGAGGAAUACGUGCCGACAUACUUGGAGGUUGAGCCGAGCAGCAAGAGCAGCAAGAAAGGCAAAGGACGUCGCUUCUUUGGCCUCUUCGGCAAGAAGAAGGGCGGCAAAGCGCAGGCGAAACAGAAGAGCAAGGCAGCGUUCAAGGCGCAGUCGUCAAAGAAGCAGCAGCAACAAGUGCAAGACGAGGAGGAGUACGUUGCGUCACAGCCUGGCGAAAGUGUGCCUGAGGUUGUGUACGAGGAUCCUGAUGCCGAGGUUGAUGGCGAUGGACCGUAUGCACGUGUCAAUACACGCGACCCCAACUACGACGAUGAUGACGAUGAUGAUUCAGUGGGAGGUUAUGAGGACGACGACGAUGACGACGAGGAAGGCUCUGGGAAAACGCCCGCUGAGAUCGCGUCCAUGUACAGCACAGUGUCGAAGCGCAGGACCAACCCGCCGUCUGUGCCGCCAAAGCAGAAAAUGGACGAGGCGCUCGUGGGGUCCAUUCGCGUGAAGCCGCUGCAGGGGAAGGCAGACUUUCUCGUGCGCAAGCUCAACGCCGAGGCUGGCAGCUUGUCGGUUGGGAAGCAGCAGAAGCGACAGCCGAUUCCAUCCUGGAACUUCAUCGACCCAGCCAGCCUCUCCCAUGUCAAGGAGACGUAGCAACCCCCCUUAAGUGUCAGCGGUUGCCCAUACACACCACAAAUGCAUGCAUGCAUGCGCUUGCACAGCCUGUUUUUCUCCUCUUCUGAUGUCUUUGUGAUAUGCGGUUGUUUGACGUACAACACACACACGUGCGUGGCUGCGUGGCCUUUUGUUUUUCCUUUUGCUCCAUACAGUUUGUUGUACAGCGCUGCUGAUGUGAUGUGACAGUGCGAAGCGGGGAGGGAG